UCUUCGAGCCUGCUCCGACAUGUGGACGCGCUCGCGGUGGCAGUCCAGUGGUGCGCUCUCGCUGGAGAGGCUUCUGGCUGAGGAAGUUUCUGUAAAGUGAGUCAACGCGGCGCGCGCGCGCACACACGCACACACGCACACACAGGGAGGACGCCAACCCUGCUCCAGCCGCCUGCCCGGAUCAAAUGCUGGGCUCUCCACCCCCUCUCCCCUCGUCUUCCUCCUCCAAGGACGCCGCCGGACCCAGAGACAACUUCACUUCGACCUCCUCGUCGCAACCGCCGAGGAUUUGAGUUUUGUUUUGUCCUUCGCACGCCGGGGACGGUCCCCGUCGCCCUGGCGCGGCUCUUCUUUUCCUCGUUGGGAUUAACGCGGCGCAGGGUGCAAUGAAAGUGACGGUGUGCUUCGGGAGGACCCGGGUGGUCGUCCCGUGUGGAGAUGGGAAUAUACAAGUCCACAGCCUCAUCGAGCAGGCGGCCAUGAGGUACAAGAAGGCGAUCGCGAAGGACCCCAGCUACUGGGUCCAGGUCCACAGGUUGGAACAUGGAGAUGGAGGCAUUUUGGACCUGGAUGACAUGCUGUGCGAUGUGGUGGACGACAAAGACAGGCUGGUAGCAGUAUAUGAAGAGCAGGAUCCUCACAAUGGAGGUGACGGCACCAGUGCCAGCUCCACCGGUACGCAGAGUCCGGAUCCCUUCGCCAGUGACAUGAGUUCAGCACCGACCUUUCAGCCCUGCCAGGCACCCAGCGAGAUCGAGGUCAACAUGUUCUCUCUGCGAUCCAAUAUGCCUCUCCACGUGCGUCGCAACAGUGAUCCCUCCCUGGCCGGCCUUCCUCCGGGUGAAGUCCUGGUCACUCCAGAGGAACCGUCCAGAAAGAACCCAACUAGCCGGUCCACAGCGGCUGGCUCCCAAAAGCACAACCCCAAACCAAACACGAGCGCGGACAACCUGGAACAAAAGGGUAGAGGAGUCCACACCUAUCGGAGUCUUCCUCGCGACGCGAGUGGCUGGACCACUCAGUUCCAGAGAGAAACGACUCGAUCGUCCCUGAGCGCCAACCAUCCGAUGGUGGACCAAUGGCUGGACAGACAGGAGGAGGAGGAGGAGGAGGAAGAGCGAAGAAGACAGGAAAGGAGGAUAAAAAGGAUAGAGCCAGUAGGGAGGGCCGAUUCCUCAUUGGAAUAUUCGCAUGUGUUCAAUCUAGAUGGCCUGCUCAAGCCGGUCGAGGUGUCCAACGGAGGGGGGCCUCUGGGGAUCCACGUAUUGCCCCUCAGUUCGCAGGAUGCCAGGACGCAGGGCUUGCUGGUGAAGCGUCUGGAGCGUGGGGGGAAAGCCGAGCAGGAGCGUCUCUUCCAGGAGAACGACUGUAUUGUCAAAAUCAAUCAGGGAGACAUUCGCCACCUGCGCUUCGAACAAGCCCAGAACAUUUUCAAGCAAGCGAUGCGCGGCAAGACCAUCCUCUUCCACGUGGUCCCCGCAGCCCUGAAGAGACAGUACGAGCUGCUGAUGGCCCAGACCGAGCUCAGCCCGGCCCGGCCCAACAGAGUCCGCUUCAGCCAAGUCUCCCUGCAGUUGGGGGAUAGUGCCAGCCUGGUGGGGGCGGCGAUGCCCAGAUCUGGACCACAACCUGGCGUCAACCACGACCACCAGGGACCCCUAGCAGGAAGCACCCCCGAGCCAAACCGACGGUCCGCCACCUUACCCCACACCUUGCUCGCCAGGACCUCCCCAUCCCUGCAGCGCAGGAUAAGCACAAACCAGUCCGUCAGCUCCUACACAAAGAACAAAGGACGCAGAUUCAACAUCCAGCUGAAGAAAGGUCCAGAGGGUCUCGGGUUCAGCAUCACAUCCAGAGACGUACCCAUUGGUGGCAGUGCUCCUAUUUAUGUCAAAAACAUUCUUCCUCGAGGGGCAGCCAUCCAAGAUGGCCAAUUGAAAGCUGGAGACCGGCUGCUGGAGGUCAGUGGAGUGGACCUGAAUGGCAAGAGCCAGGAGGAGGUGGUGGCCCUGCUCCGAGCCACGCCUAUGGGUGGGACCGUGAACCUGUUGGUGAUCCGCACUGAGGACUCGCUGCUGCCCCGAGAAGUGCAUUCAGAGGAAGAGGACAUGGUGUUAACCCCUGACGGUACACAAGAGUUCAUGACCUUUGAGAUCCCUCUGAGUGACUCAGGCUCGGCAGGCCUGGGGGUCAGCGUCAAGGGUAACCGGUCCAAGGAGAACCAUGCCGACCUGGGCAUCUUUGUGAAAUCCAUUAUCAAUGGAGGGGCUGCUAGCAAGGAUGGCCGUCUACGGGUCAACGACCAGCUCAUUGCAGUCAACGGGGAGUCGCUGCAUGGGAUGACCAACCAGGACGCCAUGGAGACACUGCGCACAUCCAUGUCCGUCGAGGGCAACAAGCGGGGGAUGAUUCAGCUCAUCGUGGUCCGGCACGUGUCCAAAAACCAUGAGGAAGCCCCUGCCAGCCCUCCGGUUCGUGAACAUCCCGUGAACUCUCUACCGGAAAGCCACGAGCGCCGCAUUUCCCACUCCGUGUAUGAGACCAUUGACGACUCCACGCCGCUGGUUAAUAUGAUGGGACGCAUUGGUAACUUCCGGCUCUCUCCGACGGUGAACAUGCCUCAGGACGAUGUUGUGAUGAUCGAAGAUGAUAGGCCGCCUCUGCUUCCUGCCCAUCUCUCCGACCAAUCGUCCUCCAGUUCCCAGGAGGACAUGGGCUUUGUGGGAGAGGACCCGGUGACCUGGGUCCACGAGCUGGCCAGUCCCAAUGAAUGCUCGCUGAGCCCAGACGCAAACGCCGACCCCGACGACUCGUUCCAGAGGGAGGGCUUCGGCCGCCAGAGCAUGUCGGAGAAACGCACCAAGCAGUUUGAAAAUGCAGCUGAGCUGGAGAUCGUCAAGACGCGCAAGUCCAAGAGCAUGGAUAUGGGUGUCGCAGAAAAAAUCCUCGGACCAUCGUUGGGCAUGGAAAAGUCCAGCUCCCUUGAAAGCCUCCAGACGGCCGUUGCCGAGGUGACACUGAACGGCAAGAUCACCGCUAAAAGGGCGCUCUCGCAGAUCGCCAGAGGCCGCGGCUGCAAUGAGAGCUUCCGGGCUGCAAUCGACAAAUCAUACGAGAAAACUGCCGUCACAGCGGCAGAAGAGGAGAACAGCGCAGAGACAUUGGACGAGGACACCGAGGGAAGUUCAAUGUCCACCAGCGGUGACCUCACUGCGGGACCCGGGCUGAACGGCAACCCCUCCAAAGAUGACAGGGAGAGAGAUCGGGACCGGGUUGGGGGAAAGGAGAAGAAGAAAGCCGAAAGGGACAAAGAGAGGGAGAAGAGCAAAGCCAAGAAAGGCGUGCUGAAGGGCCUGGGCGAGAUGUUCAGGUUCGGAAAGCACCGAAAGGAUGAGCCGCCAGGAGACAGGAUGGAGAGGAAGGGCUCCAAUAAAUCUAAAGCCGAGGACAUGCAGGCGUCAGAGGAGGAGACCAUGCGGACGAGGCUGGAACAAGAGAGGAUACAGGCCAAGAUGCGGGAGCUUCGAGAGAAUCAGACAAAGGAGAGGGAAUAUGCCGAGAUCCAAGAUGUUGUGAGCGGUGCCUUCAGCUCAGAUGAGGAGCACACCUACGCCGGCAUCGGAUCGUUGGACUCGUCGGUGGACAGCAGCAGCAUGGAGACCUACAACCACCACUACCAUCUCCCCCAGAGUGCCCCGAGUCCCCAGACUACCCAGAGUCCUCACCUUCCCUUGAGCCGACAGGACACCGGUCCACCACUGGAGGCCCUGUAUGCCAAGGUCAACAAGCCACGCAAUGGACGCCCGGCAGCUCCAGACAGCAGUCACAUGGCUCCCAGUAACCACGACCGGAUACAAAUGCUGAGGAGCGAGUUCCAGCAUGCCAGGCAGGAGGACGACGUGGAGGACCACAGGCACACCUACCAGUCCUGGGUGGGCAACGGGAUGGAGACGCCAAGCGGACGCCAUUCGGUGACGGUUGAGGCUCUGCAGCCAGAGGACAGAGAUAGUUUCCAAGAAGCACAGAGACCGUACAACUCCCUGCCACGGCAACCUCGAAAGAACCCCAGCGCGGCGUCCCAGGACUCGUGGGACAAGGUGGACAUGCCAGCAGAGGGACUCCAGACACCCAAGGAGAACCCCCGCUACUCCGGCAGCCAUGGACCACGUAACGGCUACCUGGCGACGUCCGGCUUUAACGCCCGUGUCCUGAUGGAGACCCAGGAGCUGCUGAGGCAGGAGCAGAGGCGCAAAGAUCAGCAGGCCAGCAAGAGCAGGCCGCCUCCCGUGCCAGAGGCCCCCGGCGGUGGCGCCUACGACCACGGCAGAGACCACACUCAGGCCCCAGGCCCUGCCCCGGUGAAGGCCCCACCUCAGUUCAAGGGCCCCUACAGACAGGACGUCCCCCCGUCGCCCUCUCAGCUCGCCAGGCUCAGCAGGCUCCAGGGUUCGGAGAAAGGGAGGCUCUUUUACUCCUGAGACAAUGACGAGACUUCUGGGCCAUUAGGACUGAUUCUCAGGAUCAUCGACAGGGAAAACUACAAAGAGGGAAAUGAGUCUGUGCGCUUUAUGAAAUGCUAGGACACAAAGAUUUUUAGAGGACUGUUAAUAUGUAAAACUGAAAAAAUGACCAUUAUUUUUAGUUGCAUCAAAAAGAAAUGAAAUGUUUUACUGUCCUGAGUCGUUAUCUGACUACAUGUAAAAGUGCCUUCUAGUCCACCGAUUGUUCCUCUUUAGUCCACCGAUUGUUCCCCUUUAGUCCACCGAUUGUUCCCCUUUAGUCCACCCAUUGUUCCCCUUCAGUCCACCCAUUGUUCCCCUUCAGUCCACCUAUUGUUCCCCUUCAGUCCACCCAUUGUUCCCCUUCAGUCCACCUAUUGUUCCCCUUCAGUCCACCCAUUGUUCCCCUUCAGUCCACCGAUUGUUCCCCUUCAGUCAGCCGAUUGUUCCCCUUUAGUCCACCGAUUGUUCCCCUUCAGUCAGCCUAUUGUUCCCCUUCAGUCCACCGAUUGUUCCCCUUCAGUCAGCCGAUUGUUCCCCUUUAGUCCACCGAUUGUUCCCCUUCAGUCCACCGAUUGUUCCCCUUCAGUCAGCCGAUUGUUCCCCUUCAGUCAGCCUAUUGUUCCCCUUCAGUCCACCGAUUGUUCCCCUUCAGUCAGCCGAUUGUUCCCCUUUAGUCCACCGAUUGUUCCCCUUCAGUCCACCGAUUGUUCCCCUUCAGUCAGCUGAUUGUUCCCCUUUAGUCCACCGAUUGUUCCCCUUCAGUCAGCCUAUUGUUCCCCUUCAGUCCACCGAUUGUUCCCCUUCAGUCAGCUGAUUGUUCCCCUUUAGUCCACCCAUUGUUCCCUUUCAGUCAGCCGAUUGUUCCCCUUCAGUCCACCCAUUGUUCCCCUUCAGUCCACCGAUUGUUCCCCUUCAGUCUACCGAUUGUUCCCCUUUAGUCCACCCAUUGUUCCCCUUCAGUCAGCCGAUUGUUCCCCUUUAGUCCACCGAUUGUUCCCCUUCAGUCAGCCGAUUGUUCCCCUUUAGUCCACCGAUUGUUCCCCUUCAGUCCACCGAUUGUUCCCCUUCAGUCAGCCGAUUGUUCCCCUUUAGUCCACCGAUUGUUCCCCUUCAGUCUACCCAUUGUUCCCCUUCAGUCAGCCGAUUGUUCCCCUUCAGUCAGCCGAUUGUUCCCCUUCAGUCAGCAUGAGUCCUCGCUUUAUUUAUUACCGUUCUUGGGGACCUUGACCAGCACUAUGCGCUCAUGUGAGUGUGUAGUUUGUGCCCGUAUGCUGCCAGGAUGUUGGCAUGUGGUGACAGUCUGGAGGUUAAGCAGCGUGUGUGAACUGUGGAGUUAUAGCUUGGGUUUAGAGCAUGACGCUAACUCCACCCUCGCCGUCCCCUUUGGUUUCAGAUACUUACCCAGAGCGUGUACCCUCCUUCCCCCCCUUGGUAUUCAUUAUGAUAAUCCUGAAUUCACUCGUCCUCUGCUGGCUGCUUCGUUCUCUCCACACUGUCACCUUCAGCAUACGGGGAUCUCCUUUAUCCCUCCCCUGUCCCACCCACACACCGGGAAUCCAGCAGUGUAAAUGGGUUCAGGUCUGGUUUAUUAAUUAACGGCCUCAUUAAAAAUGAAUGGAGGCCCCUUUGCGUAUGUAUAUUGUCAUGAAAAGAAUGCCGAGAAAAGAAGACGCAUGGACCUUGCCAGCGCGUCUCUGAUUGUGCUGUAACCGAUGCCCACUGGCCUCGUGGUGUCUGAGUUGUUCCUUUGAAUAUUUCAGCGGGGUGGUUUCACGGGAAACCACAUCGGCCCUGCAGUCGGUGGCCUCGGUGUGGGACCGGAGCGCCUCUCCAUCGGCCCGAUACAAUAGAGCUGAUUUAGUUAUCCUUUCUUGAUCAUUUCCAUUUGUAGGAAACCACUGGGAAGUCUGCUUCUGGUUCAAUCAAUAAUUACUGGUGCAUUUUCAGUGUGUGUGAGUGAGAGAAAGUGUGUAUUUGCAUGUGCGUGUAUGUCAGUUGGGACGAUAUUAUCACUGAAUAUGGCAAUCUAUUGCUUCAUUUAAUGAUGUCUCCCUGCUGCACAGCUGGCCCAGCAACACGUCCCCUGCUGGAAGUCUUUGUCAUGCAAAUGUCUUCAUGUAGAACCUGGGAACCGGAUACGUGGCCAAGACUUCUCUGGCUGUGGACAUCCGGCUUUUGUAAUCCCCUACCCCGAUUAUGGAAAGCAGGUUUCUGGUUUACAUGAUGUUUUAUGAAUUUGCUCGAAAAAUCCAACUGUUGCCUGUUUUCUUAUGCACACCACGUUCUGGAAAGAGUGCAGGAAGUUACAAACUAUGCAAAUGAAAUAUCUGAACAUGUAUUUUGUUACCACUCAUAGUUAAAGUUAGUGUGAGGAACUGUUUCUGAAACAGCCUCAGUGUAAUACCGAGGCCUCGGCAUGACUUACAUGAGUAAACAAGACCAGCAGUGCCAUUAUCUUUAUACUUAUUUGUAAUGCUCGUCGUCGGUGCCAUCAGGUCGGAUUCAGAACUAAAUCUGACAAAAAACGGAAGCUUCGUCAGCUCAGACUCCAGCAGGGUGCGAGACCAGAAUCCAAAUUAGGAUACAGUUCCUGUUUUCUAUUUGGUAUGCAGGAAUAGGAUCUGUAGAAUUAUGUCGGUGGAGGGUCUAUGAGCCUCACAAGUACAGGAACCAAUAUGUUCUCACACAUGAAAGGGAAUGUGAAAUAAAGUACAGUAUGUUUGUUAAUCUACCAGUGUGUGUGUCUGUGUGGGUGUGUCUUUGUGGGUGUUGGUGGACAUGUGUUUAAAUGUCUGUGAACGCUGCCAGUAACUGUAUGCUCCAAUAUGUCUAUGAAUAUGUCUUGGCAGCCAUAUGAACCACUUGGCUGCUGAGUGGGAGAAGAGCAGAGGAGUAGGAGGCAGAGAAAAUGGAAUGCCUGACCUUGUAGAUGAUUCAGUCAAUGGAGUAAUCACAACUAUUCCUCUGAGCCAAACACGAGGCUACGCUCACUUUGGCGGCUUCUUCUUCUUCUUCUUCUUGUGCAUUUGAGAGGGGGGAGGGGGGGAUCUAACACAGAAGCUGUUUUAACUGACGUUCCCAUGUUUGAGAAGUCCCCAUCAUGAGCUGUGGAGGCGUUUAAGUGCCUGCUACAUAUAAGAUGUUUUUUUCUCCUCGUAUGCAAAUGUGAUAAUAUCCCAUAAUGCCCGUUUAUUAUUUCUGUUGUGUAAUUGAUGUUUGUGCAGCGCCUCUGACACAUGGAUUCUUCCCAUAAAGCUAUUGUUUCGGGAGAUUUUUCUUUUUUGUCCUGGGAGAAAUUAGAAAAUAUAUUGUUAUUGUUCCAUUGUGUUUUUAUGAUCAUCCCUGAUAUUUUAAUUUCCACAAUAUGGUACUAUGGUGAGAAAAAUGUAGUUAUAUGUAAGCACAGUGCAAUUUUCCUUUUUACAACAGUAUAUCAUUAAGAACGGUUUCUGCCAUUCUCUGUACAUACAAUAUAACCUUUUUCAGUGAAUAAAUUGAGGGUGAAUUCAAA